AUGAACUCUUCAUCUUCUUCCUUGCCGUGGAGCGACGCUCCCCCCGCCUCCACCACCUCCGCUGCGCACACGGCCACCGUCUCGCUGCUGCUGGCCUCCGUGGCCCUGGCCACGGCUCUCGCCAACGGCCUGGUCAUCGCCGCAGUGGCUGCCACCCCGAAACUGCGACACCCGGCCAACUAUCUCAUCUGCUCGUUGGCCGUGGCCGACCUACUCGUCGCCCUGCUCGUGAUGCCGCCGGGAGCCGCAGCGGCCGCCACGGGCUCGUGGCCGCUCGGCCCUGCCGCCUGCGCCGUGUGGACGAGCGCUGACGUGACCUGCUGCACGGCCUCCAUCCUCAGCCUCUGCGCCAUCGCCCUCGACCGCUACUGCGCCAUCGCGCGCGCCGUGCGCUACGCACCGCGACGCACGCCGCGUCGCGCCGCCGCGAUGAUCGCCGCCGUCUGGGUCGCCUCCAUCCUCGUGUCGAUGCCCCUCGCGCUCGCCACCGUGGGCGGUGGCGGUCAGCCUGGAGGUGCCCGGACCGACGCCGCCGCAGUCGUCUCCGCAGCAGAGGGCGCGUGGAACGACGCGGCGCGGACGCACGGCCGCGUGGAGGGUCCGGCGCCGACUGCCCCGCCGGACGACGCCCAGGAGAGUGGCGGCACCCUCGGCAGUGACGGCGGUGGCGAUGCACCGCACGGUGUUAGUGGUGGUAUUGGUGUUGGUGUUGCUGCGCAAACCGAGAGAGGAUCGGCCGUGCCGGCAGACCCCGUGUCCACCCAGUCGGACACCCCUCCUACCCACCACACCACCACCACCGCCGCCACCACCCGCGCGCCGCAGCCCGGAGCCGAACGAGACGCGGCCGCUCGGCGGCGCUGCGCGGCGCGUCACGCGCACGUCCUCUACGCCGUGGUGUGCACCGUGGGUGCCUUCUACGCGCCCAUGGCGCUCCUCCUCGUGCUCUACUGCGGCAUCUACCGCGCCGCGCGCUCGCACUUUCGCCGAGGCCUCCGCGGCAGCCGCGUCCUGUGCGGGGCCACCCCCAACGGAGGGGUCGUAGCCACGGGGGUGUCCCUCGCGGGGGUUGACGCGGGGGUACCCCUGCAGGAAGAGGUUCAGGGUCAGGAUGGGCAUGGCCAUGGACGUGGGCAGGGUCGGCAUCAGCGGCUGCAGGGAGAUGAAGACGAUAACGAGGAUGACGAGGAGGAUCGCAGCAGCAGCAGCAGCAGCCUCAGCAUCGAGGCCUCACCGCUGCCGUUCGCUGUCCGCGUCGCUCUGGGCCCCACAAGCGGCGCGCGGCGGCGGUGGCACCGCGAGCCCGAGGCUCCGUCGCAUCUCCGGAGUCGCGAGAGCGUCGCGCGGCCAAGACGCUUGGGUCUCAUCCUGGGCGCGUUCACCCUCUGCUGGUUGCCCUUCUUCGUGCGCGAGCUCGUGGUGAACGUGUGCGAGGCGUGCGCGCCGCCCGAGGCGCUCUCCGAGCUCAUCUCGUGGCUCGGCUACGCCAACUCGCUGGUGAACCCGCUCAUUUACACCACUCUGAACGAGGACUUUAGGGCGGCAUUCAAGCGCAUGCGAGGGCCGUGGCGCUACUUCAUGACCCACGACCCACGAUCCGCAUUCAACGGAGCCGCAUUCAACGGCUCCGUUGAAUGCGUCGUGUGCCGGGCGCUGAACGAACUUUUCGGAGUAGAGGCAUCGGGACGGGGUGCUGAAGCUGGAGUGGACAUGGGCAGGUGCGAGACGGAAUUUCUGUCCACCGUCGACCCGUGA